CUCUCUCUCUCUCUCUCUCUCACUCUCACUCUCACUCUCACUCUCACUCUCACUCUCACUCACUUAAAGCAAAUCUUUGUUUCAUAGCAAACACCAGUGUGAUGCAGAGGCAUGAGCAACAGAUUCUAUCUGCCACAGUGCAUCUGAACUUGGUUAGAGCACACGUCAUGUACCUUCGGGGGAAGACAGAGGAUUGCUUCAGUGUUUGGUCUCUCUAAUGAGAAACCAUAGCCUGCUAGUGGUGCCUUAAAUCAGUUUGAGUGUCUUAAAAGGGUUUGUCAACCAUGUUAUUGCUGGUUAUUUAUACUGUGGUUCUUCUUAUGCGUUGUAAGCUAAAGUGACCAUGUUAAUUGCUGAAUCUGGUCUCAUCUUGAUUUGGUUCUUUGUACUGUAACCUGAGAACACUUCACUAGAUGUAACUCUGUAGUUACACACUUUUUUGGACUCAACACUCAGGAUUUGACACUGAAAAGGCUUUGAUGUCUAAAGGCAUUCUCUUUUGGGGGAAAAGAAGUGGAAAUGGACAUUGUGAAAGAUAAUUUAGGACAUAGGGUCAACAGUCCAAUGAGAUCAAUAUAAGUCAUAGUGUAAAUGUAUGUUUUCUCGUCAUGACAACAUUUGGCAUCAGCCAGGAGAAAAACCUAGUAUGCAGUACAGGAAAAACGUAAUGGGGCUUAUGGCCCUGCACAUACUGUAAGUUUAAUGAGCCGUUAUUGGUAUGCAGGAACGGUACAUGUCUGCACAGCCAUCUCAGUGAUGGAGUGUUGUGUUGUGUUGAAGUAGCUUCCUAACUGAAAGGUUAGACCCAUCAGUAUGGCAUCCACUGGAAAUGUCAUGUUUGUUCUGGCAAUUGUCUGGAAAGGAUGUGGCAGGUCAGUUGAAGAGCUACAUUCUUCUCUCCUCUUCUCAUGUUAAUUUUAUUUCAUGAUAAGUGAUGUGUACAUUUUGGUAGAAAUGACUAAUGACAGAUUUUUCAUUGAAAGGAAUCCAGUAAACAACCCUCGCAAGGUUUGCAAGUUUAUCCAAACAAAAACCCAGGCUAUUCCAAUUGAUAUGAUCUACAUCUGGUUGUUCAAGGAGCCAGAACGCCCCAUAGUUAUGGCAUGGCAUGGUUCCUGGUCUGUCUUUGGCCAACAACAAGCUAUCUAAGGAACAGGACUGGCUUGAGAGCUAGACUAUAUUUAACAGACCUGCAGAGUACCACAGACCAUGUACCAAGAGGAUUCAUCUAGACAGUACACGUCCAUCCUAGCCAAAGGUGCACCUGACGUUUUUGGCUUGGUGCACACUUGGCUAACUGAAUACAGCCAGGCAGGCUGAUGCAUUGCAGAGCGAUAAAUUCUUUGCAUAUAAAAGACUAUCGUGUUAAUAAUGGAACUCAGCCUGAGUUUGGAGACGCUUUAUCUUUUUUUACAUGAAUCGCCGAUAAGUCUGGUUUAUUUGGCCAGCCGGAGCAUCUCAAGUGAAGAGAGAGGCGGUCCUUCAUCUCCUGCACAGCCCUGGUUGUAAACAACACUAAUGCGUGUACUUUAGCUGACUGAGAGUGUAAACUAAGACGCAUUGGGAUUUGAGUAUCGAUCAAAGAUCAACAACACACUGAAAGCUGACAUUAGUCUUGGCAAAGAGUCCAGGGAUCGCAUUACAAACCCUCUCCUAACUGCAAACACAUCCUCUCCUAACUGCAAACAAACCCUCUCCUAGCUGCAAACAAACCCUCUCCUAGCUAGCUGCAAACAAACCCUCUCCUAGCUGCAAACAAACCCUCUCCUAGCUGCAAACAAACCCUCUCCUAGCUGCAAACAAACCCUCUCCUAGCUAGCUGCAAACAAACCCUCUCCUAGCUGCAAACAAACCCUCUCCUAGCUGCAAACAAACCCUCUCCUAGCUGCAAACAAACCCUCUCCUAGCUGCAAACAAACCCUCUCCUAGCUGAAAACAAACCUUCUCCUAGCUGCAAACAAACCCUCUCCUAGCUGCAAACAAACCCUCUCCUAGCUGCAAACAAACCCUCUCCUAGCUGAAAACAAACCUUCUCCUAGCUGCAAACAAACCCUCUCCUAGCUGCAAACAAACCCUCUCCUAGCUGAAAACAAACCUUCUCCUAGCUGCAAACAAACCUUCUCCUAGCUGCAAACAAACCCUCUCCUAGCUGCAAACAAACCAUCUCCUAGCUAGCUGCAAACAAACCCUCUCCUAGCUGCAAAAAAACCCUCUCCUAGCUGCAAACAAACCCUCUCCUAGCUGAAAACAAACCCUCUCCUAGCUGCAAACAAACCCUCUCCUAGCUGCAAAAAAACCCUCUCCUAGCUGCAAACAAACCCUCUCCUAGCUGCAAACAAACCCUCUCCUAGCUGCAAACAAACCCUCUCCUAGCUGCAAACCAACCCUCUCCUAGCUGCAAACAAACCCUCUCCUAGUUGUACCGUAUAUCAACUGAGUUAAACCCUCUCCUAGCUGCAAACAAACCCUCUCCUAGCUGAAAACAAACCCUCUCCUAGCUGAAAACAAACCUUCUCCUAGCUGCAAACAAACCCUCUCCUAGCUGAAAACAAACCUUCUCCUAGCUGCAAACAAACUCUCUCCUAGCUGCAAACAAACCCUCUCCUAGCUGCAAACAAACCCUCUCCUAGCUGCAAACAAACCCUCUCCUAGCUGCAAACAAACCCUCUCCUAGCUGCAAACAAACCCUCUCCUAGCUGCAAACAAACCCUCUCCUAACUGCAAACAAACCCUCUCCUAGCUGCAAACAAACCCUCUCCUAGCUGCAAACAAACCCUCUCCUAACUGCAAACAAACCCUCUCCUAGCUGCAAACAAACCCUCUCCUAGCUGCAAACAAACCCUCUCCUAGCUGAAAACAAACCUUCUCCUAGCUGCAAACAAACUCUCUCCUAGCUGCAAACAAACCCUCUCCUAGCUGCAAACAAACCCUCUCCUAGCUGCAAACAAACCCUCUCCUAGCUGCAAACAAACCCUCUCCUAGCUGCAAACAAACCCUCUCCUAGCUGCAAACAAACCCUCUCCUAACUGCAAACAAACCCUCUCCUAGCUGCAAACAAACCCUCUCCUAGCUGCAAACAAACCCUCUCCUAACUGCAAACAAACCCUCUCCUAGCUGCAAACAAACCCUCUCCUAGCUGAAAACAAACCCUCUCCUAGCUGAAAACAAACCUUCUCCUAGCUGCAAACAAACUCUCUCCUAGCUGCAAACAAACCCUCUCCUAGCUGCAAACAAACCCUCUCCUAGCUGCAAACAAACCCUCUCCUAGCUGCAAACAAACCCUCUCCUAGCUGCAAACAAACCCUCUCCUAGCUGAAAAAAACCCCUCUCCUAGCUGCAAACCAACCCUCUCCUAGCUGCAAACAAACCCUCUCCUAGUUGUACCGUAUAUCAACUGAGUUAAGUAGCUGCUUUCUCAUUUUUUUCGCCCAUCUCAAUAAUGUGCCUCGUGUGGUAGAGAGCACAGACCUCAUUGUGUAAAACUAUCUUUGUCCGUCUUCUAUUCUGACGUUUUCUGGCACUGCUACUCAUACCAAAGGACUAUGGAGAUUUAAAUGUGUGUUGUAGAUAAAUAACAAUAUUUCCAUUUUGGACUGUGUCUUUAUCCAGAGUCAUCCUGCAACACAGCUGGUUCUCUUUUUACCCAGCGUAACACCCUGGAGACAGACGGGAGAAAUGGGACUGGUGCCACUCCAUCCUCUGGGAGGCUGGAGCACAUUAUAGAGAGGGAGAGAGAGUAGAUUCUGGGUUGGGACGGAGGGGAUGGAAGGAUGAUAUGUUUGGCUCCAUGGCACAUCAUUUCAUCAUUUUGUUAUCUCUGUGAUUUAACCCAUUGUGUUGCAUAAAUCAAUCAGCAAACUGUAGUCUUUGCGUACGCUGCGAUGGAAUUGACUAUUAUAUGAGGAAAGUGUUUCUGAUAUGUUUUAUGACAUCACUGUCUGACAUAGGACAGUCAAAUGGGUGAUAGGGGAAGUGGCACAUCUGUCUGGUGCAAGGUGCUAGAAAUAACUGGUUUUGACAUCCCAUACAGUAUAUCACUUAAAUUAUUAGGAUUUUUUAAAUAUAUAUUUCCCCCCUCAUCAAAAUAAAAAAAAGCACACUUACUUCGAUAUGUAUCUCCAAGCAUCAGUUUACACGUCAAGCUGACACAAAUAUUCACAUUCUUUCAUCGCUUGCACUCUCUACCCUUAAAACCACAUGUUCUGACAUUCAAAAAAAUACAUUCUGUACUAGUGGUGUGAAUUCAAGAGAAGAACCAUAAUGACCCAGGCUAAUGCUGAGAUGUGCUAAACAGUUGCUUUGCUUACUCAUGAGGAGCUGUGCUGAGUGCACGCUGAGAUGGGAGGACUGGGCCCAGAAUGCUGUCAUUGUCCGUAGCCACGUCUCAUUCCUCUCCCGGUCUGCCAGCUCCCAGUGGGAGUCUACCAAGACUAUCUUCAGCACUGAAACCGGAAUGCACGAAGAAGAACAAACAACAAAGAUCCGUCUCAGUUUUAACACAGCUGGAGUUUGUUUUAGAGAUGGAAGGUGCCCUGCAGCUCAGACGUCUUGUGUUUCUGCUUUUGGACGACAGGUUUCAGAAGCCAGACACUGUAGCAGCUAUAGGCAACAACUGACAACAGCAGCUCUAUCUGCCCUGCUGGUUUCCAGGAGACCCGGCCUAGCUCCUCCUCCUGAGGAGUGCUGAGGCUGCAGCAUGGAGCCCCAGGGGAGUCUGGGAGUGGAGGGGGACUUCAGCCUGCAGCUGGCGCUGCUGGUGCCCAGCCUCCGGAGCGAGGCAGAGACCCACGAGCUGGAGGAUCUGACUAUGCAGCCCAGUCCCAGCCUGCCGCCUCUCAAAGAGCGUAAGAAUGUCCUCCAGCGCCGCCUGCAGCAGAGACGCACCCGUGAGCAGCUAGUGGAGCAGGGCAUCAUGCCACCACUGAAAUGCCCUGCUGCCUUCCACGAACAGAUCCGCAGCCUGCAGAGGUCCAGGACUGAGAACUUCUUGAAGCACAAAAUUCGCAGUAGACCUGAACGUUCAGAGCUGGUCCGCAUGCACAUCCUGCAAGAGACCCAUGUGGAGCCCUCUUUGCAGGCCACUCAGAUGAUGCUGAAGAGAGCCAGGCUGGCUGAUGACCUCAAUGAGAAGCUGGCCCAGCGACCCGGCCCCAUGGAGCUGGUGGUCAAGAACAUUCUGCCUGUGGAACCCAGCCUCGUUAAGGACGGCGUCACCGAUCCCGCAGACGGUGAGGUGGAGAAUGACUUCCCCAAGACGAAAACACUGGAUGUGUACAACUUUGACGAGGACAGCGGCGACGCCCUGUCCCCAGAGCAGCCGGCCAGCCAGGAGUCCCAGAGCUCCUCUGCUCCCUCACCCUCCCCCAGGACCCCCAGGGUGACAGAAGCCCCUAUUGCCCUCUCCACCUCCCCACCGACCAGCUCCAUCACCAUGCAGCACUGCCCACCUACCUCCCAGUCCACAACAGACUUCUUCAACUUCUCUCAUGUCUCCACCAAUGAGCAUCAGAACAAUCGCCUGGUGACCACGCCUCAGCCAAUCGCCAUUGUUGUCCCUCCAAAGCCAGGGCCCAUGUUAGUAAAGCAAAGCCAACCAAAGACACCCAAUGACAAGAGCCGCAGUAAGAAGAAUAAGGAUCCCAAGCCGCGGGUGAAGAAGCUAAAGUACCACCAGUACAUCCCCCCGGACCAGAAACAGGAGGCCAACGAGGCCCCCAUGGACUCAGCCUAUGCCAGGCUCCUGCAUCAGCAGCAGCAGUUCCUCCAGCUGCAGAUACUGAGCCAGCAGCAGCAGCACUAUAACUACCAGACCAUCCUGCCUGCCCCACUCAAGUCGAUGGAGGGUCAGAACAGCUGCUCCAACAUGUCUCUGAGUGGCAGCAGUCUGUCCAGUCCCAUCGUGGUCUCUCUACCCAGCGCUGCCCCAGCACGGUCUAACCAGACUCUGACAAACCGCAAGCCUGGUGUCCUACCUGCCAACCUGGACGAAAUGAAGGUAGCUGAGCUGAAGAUGGAGCUGAAACUGCGAGGUCUUCCGGUGUCUGGCACCAAGACUGACCUGAUAGAGAGACUGAAGCCUUAUCAGGAGAUCCCCAGCAGCCAGGCUGCCACUGCCAUGGAGCUGACAGGCCACACAGGGGCCCCACAGCCUGAGAGCAUGAGCUCCACACCUCCUGUGUCCCCCGUGGCCUCGGAGGUCUCCAGCCUGGGCAUGGAGGAGGCUGGGAUGCCAGGAGCUCUUUCCCCAGCUCGGCCCACUCAUUCUGGGUUGUCUCCCCACCAAGGCCGCCUGGAGGACAGCCCAAUGGAGACCAGAACCUCAGAGAAGGACCAGCGACUGCACGAGAAGGAGCGUCAGAUCGAGGAGCUGAUGAGGAAACUGGAGCAGGAGCAGAGGCUGGUGGAGGAGCUGAAGAUGCAGCUAGAGGGGGAGAAGAGGGGUCAGCCCAGCCCUCCAGCCCCCAUGGCCCUGGCCCAGGUCAAAGAAGAGGGCAGGGCUGCCUCAAACUGCUCUGCCUCUACACAUAGCCCACUAGCAGUGGUGAAACAGGAGGAGCACAGCUCAGGCCAGGUACAGACGUCCCCUCUGCCUCAGUUCUUCAUCAGCCACCAGCAGGAGCCUCAUGUCCUCAGACAGCCCCAGCCUAAGACCUCGCUGUCUGGCCAGCCUGGAACACAGAUCCCGCUGCCUGUCUCCCUGCCCACCAGCACAGCCACCAUCCAGCUACCGGACAACAGCAUUAAGCUGCAGGUCAGAGAGCCGGUCCUGCAGACCAUAGUUAGCACUACAGCUCCAGGCCUCAUCCAGAAAAUAGAGGCUUCAGCACCCCACCAACAACACACCACCCAGACCCAACCCAUGGCACAGACGACAGUCCCACUGUGCACCACCACCACCUCAGGGUCUGGGUUCCAGUUCAGAGCAGGCCCAGGUCAGACAGAGAUCCACCAGUGUUUCCUAAGCACCUCCCCAGGGAGCAGGUCCCCUGCCAGGGCCUCGUCCAACCAAGCAGUCCCCAAUGGUUCAACAAACAAGUCCCCUUCUGCCUGCCAGCCCAACUUCUCAAACCACAUCCCCAAGAGUAAGGACCCGCCACGCUACGAAGAGGCUGUUAAACAGACGCGCAGAAUGCAGACUGCUGCACAGGUGCCCACUGCAACCAGUCAGCACAUGGACGACCUGUUUGACGUGUUGAUCGAGAGUGGAGAGAUCUCCCCAUUCAUCAGACAGGACCCUUCCUUUCCAGACAAGCUGCUUCCUGUGACCGCCAGCGUAACCACCCUGCCCUUCAACACGGUGCUAUCCCGCCCCCCGCCCCAGAUCCUGGUGGCCCGCCCGCCCGCCCCCACCCUUAACCCCCCGGCCCCACCCAGCCUGACAGCCCUGGCCAUAGAUAACCAGCUGGAGGCCUUCCUGGAAGGCACGCUGAAGGGGGAGACUGAGCCCCGGACACUGAGGUUGAUGGAAGAGCUGCACAGUCAGCUGCUGGAGCACUCCCCCCACUCCCCCAUGGACACGGACACCACCGGGUUCAACAAUGUCAGUGCACCCCCCUCCAGCUACCACCUGGACCACACCAACCUGGACAACAUGGAGUGGCUGGACCUGACCAUGCCCGGGCCGACGGGGGGGCUCAACCCACUAGGCCUUCCCCCGUCUGGGGUCUUCUCCUCUGACUUCCUGGAUUCCCAUGACCUGCAGCUACACUGGGACUAAGGGGUGUCAAUGUGACCCCCCCCCCCCCAAACAGGCCUAUUCAGAUAGAGGGCUGUCAGGGAGAGACACACACAUACUGAUAAGUGAGACGGAGAGCACACUCCUUCUCCAGUGGAGGUGGGGGAGGAGAGUGCAGUGCUGCUGGCCUUGAGUCCCUGUGGGAAGUUCUGUGCAGGGCUACAGCAGCACUGGUGGUGGAUCUCACUGCUCUGAGCAGAUCAGAGUGCUAGAGGCAGGACCCUCCUUCCUCACUGGAUGUACAGUGUAGCUGUUUCCCUCUGAGGUAUCGUCCCUCAUAACAGCCACUCAUUCUAAGGAAGGCUAAGCCCCCGCUGGGCUGUGGUAUAGAUCAAUGGUAUGAAGAGGUUGAUCUCCCCCUGUGAUCUCUUUCAGAAGAGGACCUGGUCUGAGGAAGAGUGGUCUCUCCUGAAAUGGCGUUACAGUAGAUAGGCUCAGGAUGAGAACUCGCUAGUGGAAACAGAUGUUGACCUAGGUGUUACGGAGAAUUUCACACCUGGUUCUGACUGCGCCAGUGGCAUGGCUACUGACUGACUUUUGUGUCACAUUUGACAGACAGCGCAGAGAGAUUGUAUAUAUUAUAAGCCUAUGUCUAUUGUAGCAGUAGUCUGUCUGCUCUGCUACAUACAUCACUAAGGCAGCUGUAUUACAGUCCUGUAUGUAUGUAUGUAUGUAUAUGACCUAUUGGAAUGUGGUAUUAGCUUAGCAUUAUGGCUUUCAAAUAACUGCCUUUGCUUUACUCAGUGCCCCCAUGCGAUUCCCAUCACAGGAGGGAAUUGGAUGCUAAAACACUGCACAUAUUGCAUUAUGCCUUAUAAGACCAUUUGCCAAAUAUCUUGCUAUUUUCAAGGUGUUGCUUUCACUUAAUUCAACUAAAGACUUUCCAAAGAGUACACAGAGUGAUGACGGAUUUUGUUGUCACUCAAACGAAGCAGGAGACUACUUGAAGUAAAGUGUUAACAGUCUUAUAUCAUGUAAGAUAAAAAAAAUAUAAAAAGUGAGUGCAUGAAACCCACAUUUAGUAUCAUUGGUUGACAAUACGAGAGCUGUCGGCCUGAGAACUCUUGAAUUCAUCAGAAUUAGAAGUUGAGAGGCAUCACAUUUUUAGCAGCUGUUGUUCUUACUCUAUUCUUAUGUGGGGGAGAGUAGGGCCAAUGUGAGUUUAUUUACCAAACUGCAACGUGCUUUGCCUUAGUGUCCAUGGGGUCACAAUAGGUGGCAGAGCACCGCUGUAGCUUGCCAGGCCCAGGCCUAUGUCCUUUAUAUUAUUGACAAAAGAGCCUUUGAAAAUGUUCUCUCUCUCAACCCUAUUGUCAAGUCUGGAGUGGAUUUAUCCCAAUGUACAGAUCAGCUGAAUCCUGCUUGUUUAUGUGUGACGUGCAGUGCACCUGAGCUAGAGCUGGUGUGUAGAGCUGGUGUGUAGAGCUGGUGUCUGUGUGUGCACUGCACAUCUGUGUUGCAUAUCGCUUUUGCUUGUUUUGACUCUAGGAACUGGCAGAAAUAUAGCCAGUAAAUUCCCCUCGGCAUUUCAAUCGCUCUCUUCAAUAUACCGUCUGACCUUAGUUGGCUGACAUACCGAGGACAAGUUGACAUCAUUCAGUUUGACAAGCCAGGGAGCCACAGUGAAUCAGCAGAGGUGGUUCAAGGCUGUCUUGUGCUUUUGUGAUCAGCUUAGCAAUGUAUGUGGCUAUAGUCUUGCAGGUUCAAAUGUAAGCAUCAUUAUUGUAUCAUUUAGUAGGCCUAAUGUGUCUCUCUAUUCAUGAAGCCUUAGUCCAGCAGAUUAUGUAGGGUCGGGAUUCCAGUCACUCACAUCAAGAGGCAACCUUUCAAAACACAGCAGUGUGUGAUCCAUAUGUACCAUUACUACCAACAGAGGGAUAUUAAAAUGAUCUCCACACUGAUGAAAUAGCCUUGGUUUUCACUACUCACUCCCAGUUGAAGUUUUUGUUCAGGUCAAAAUCCUACAUGAUUAUUGCAAUCGUACACAUGUAGUUAAACAUUUAAUUACAGUGACAUAUACUGGCCAAAGAUCAAAUGUGAAAGCAUUUGAAGUGUUGAAACCGACGGUUGAAAUGGGUUAAGGCAGAGGAGGUUACAGACAGGUUGACUCUACAAAAGUUGACAGUCUUCUUGUUCAAGCAGUCUGAGCUACACAACGGAUAACUGCAUUUAGAAACACAGAAACCUUUCUGCAAUUUAGUAGAGCCCCCCCCCCCCCCCCCAAAAAAAAAAUGGAAGAAGCUUUAAAACACUAUUCGGCAUGAUAAGGUUUGACGCACCAACGACAGCAUAAGCAUUCCUUGGAAAUGCAUUGCAGACCGUGCUAAAGAAAUGUCAUUUCAACAGUUUGGAUCAAUUGUAGCCUACCUGCCUGUCCCCUACCAAAGAAAAUUACUUAAAGGUUCAAUGCAGCUGUUUUUUUUUAUCUCAAUAUUAAAUCAUUUCUGA